UUCUAGUUACCAAAGCCACAGCUAUAUCGUAAAAAAUCGUGAAAACAAAACAUCGCUUUUUUGGUCUUAAUUCAAAAUUUGGCUUAAGGUUAGCACUGUGGUCAGGGUUAAGGUUAGGUUUAAAAUCAGAUUUUAAAACAAUACAUUGUCGAAAUGGGCGGUGGUUAAGCCUAAAUGGAAGAUGACAAUAUAUUUUCGACCUGGGGUUUACCAUAAUUAUGAAUUUGUGGCUGUGGUAAAUAGUGACGAUACCAACAUAACGAGGCCCCAUCGGGAAGCAACAAACCGGCUUGAGUAGAGCUCGAGCUCAACAACGUCAGGGCUGACGACAAAUUAAAUAGGUGAGAGAGAACGUGCAGACAGAACGGCACUUGGGGUCCUAAAUAGACACCGCGGGAAAAAUGGCGGACGACCCCAACGCGGCAGACAGGAACGUGGAGAUAUGGAAGAUAAAGAAGUUGAUCAAAAGUCUGGAAGCUGCUCGGGGGAAUGGUACGAGUAUGAUCUCCUUGAUUAUCCCUCCAAAGGAUCAGAUCUCCAGAGUGGCCAAGAUGUUGGCUGAUGAGUUUGGCACUGCAUCCAAUAUUAAAAGCAGAGUCAACAGGCUCUCUGUGCUCGGAGCCAUCACCUCUGUACAGCAGAGACUUAAACUCUACAAUAAAGUGCCUCCCAACGGCUUGGUUGUAUACUGUGGCACCAUUGUGACGGACGAGGGCAAAGAGAAAAAAGUCAAUAUUGACUUUGAGCCUUUUAAACCCAUCAACACUUCUCUGUAUCUCUGUGACAACAAGUUCCACACAGAGGCUCUUACAGCCUUGCUGUCAGAUGACAGCAAGUUUGGUUUUAUUGUGAUUGAUGGAAGUGGCGCCCUCUUCGGAACCCUGCAGGGAAACACCAGGGAAGUGCUACACAAGUUCACUGUGGACCUACCCAAGAAGCACGGCAGAGGAGGGCAGUCUGCCUUGCGUUUUGCUCGUUUGAGGAUGGAGAAGAGACACAACUAUGUCCGAAAGGUGGCGGAGACGGCAGUCACGCUUUUUGUUUCCAAUGACAAGGUCAACGUAGCAGGCAUGGUCUUGGCAGGUUCAGCUGACUUCAAGACGGAGCUCAGCCAGUCCGAUAUGUUUGACCCGAGGCUACAAGCAAAGAUCCUGAAGCUGGUUGACAUAUCAUAUGGUGGGGAGAAUGGGUUCAACCAGGCCAUUGAGCUGUCCGCAGAAGUGCUUUCCAAUGUUAAAUUCAUUCAGGAGAAGAAACUUAUAGGACGAUACUUUGAUGAGAUCAGCCAGGAUACAGGGAAGUACUGCUUUGGGGUGGAAGACACACUGAAAGCCCUGGAAAUGGGUGCUGUUGAGAUUCUGAUUGUCUACGAGAACCUGGAUACCAUGAGAUACAUCCUGAGAUGCCACGGAGCAGAGGGACUUGCUAUGGUGGAGAAGGGUACAGAUGAGAAAACAUUGUAUUUGACACCAGAGCAGGAGAAAGACAAGUCUCACUUCACAGACAAAGAGACUGGGCAGGAGCAUGAGCUGAUCGAGAGCAUGCCGUUACUUGAAUGGUUUGCCAACAGCUAUAAGAAGUUUGGAGCCUGUCUGGAGAUUGUCACUGACAAGAGCCAAGAAGGAUCCCAGUUUGUCAAGGGCUUUGGUGGAAUUGGUGGGAUCUUGCGGUACAGGGUGGAUUUCCAGGCCAUAGAGUACCAAGGAGAAGACGAUGAGUUAUUUGAUUUGGAUGACUACUAGGUAGUUGAGACUGACAAGAAAUGAAUCAAUUGAAAGGCUUUCCCUGAUUUGACCGAGAUACUGGUGGAAGGAAAGCAAGUAGUCAGGAGGGAGACCCAGACCUUCAAAUAAAAGACAUGGAUGUGAUGCCGUAUAUCAACGUUUCCCUGACUUGAAGCAGUGACUCAUCACCUGGCUAGAUGGAGCUAGUCUUGGUUCGUUCCUCUCCACUCUACAUUAAUGACUGAUUCAAAGUGACUGACAGCAAGGCCACACUCCUCCUGCCUGCUUGGCCUUCUCUAGGCCACACUGAUAGGUUAUACAAAUCUAUUUUUGUCAUCACUCCCCAACUUCUUCCAACUCAAUUUCCCUUUAUUUUUUAACAUUUUUACUGGUACCAGCUGCUGUUGUGUUUUGAGAUUUUGAUUCUGAUUAUUUUGUUUUCCUUUUUAAAAUCAAAUUUAUGUAGAGGGCAAGGAAAUAAUGAUUAAAUUGGAGCUGCUUUACUAUCCCAUACCCAG